AUGGAUGGAUCCCAUUUUCCUAUGAAAUCUACUACCGGAGAGCCCGUUUCAAGUGGUAAGAAGGGCAAGAGGAGGAAGGUCAUCAAGUCAUGUGCAUUUUGUAGAAAAAGAAAACUGAAAUGCAGUCAGGCCAGGCCUAUGUGUCAGCAAUGUGUAAUUAGAAAACUACCGCAAUGCGUUUACACAGAAGAGUUCAACUAUCCCUUGUCUAAUACGGAACUGUUCGAGCAAGUGCCCAAUGUAGCGUUGGUUCAGAAGAUUGAGAAUUUGCAGACUCUACUGAAGGAAAACGAUAACAAUAAUGCGAAACCGGUGUAUUGCAGGAGUUCAGAAAAUCCAUUACGGUCACUGAGAACUUCGGUUUUAGGUGAUAAUGGCUCGAGGUAUGUGUUUGGCCCCACUUCCUGGAAAACUUUAUCUUUGUUUGAACAAAAUAAGUUUCAAACUGAGUUUCAAAAUUUAUGGAAAGUCUUGAAACCACUUCCUGAAUGCACUAAAUCGCAAUUAAAUGAAAAUGAUGUUGUAGCAGAUUUGCCUAGUUUUCCUCAAAUGGAAAGCUGUAUUAAAUCUUUUUUUGCUGGACCGCUGUUCGGCAUAUUGCAUAUCUUCAACCAAGACGAUAUUCUGUCCCUCUUGGACAGACUUUUUAUUAGAGAUACCACGGACAAGAACCUAGUCAUCCUCCUCGAUUUGCAAGGUAAUGCAAAAGAUAAGUAUAAUCUUGGCAUUGUACUUCAAAUUCUUUGCUUGGGCUAUUAUAACCAAGAUAUCCCUUCUUCCGUGAGUCAUUUCCUUCACACUUUAAGUGCAGCGUCCUUGUCAUCAUCGAGCUCAAAUUUCGUGGAAAAACUACAAUUUUUCUUAUUGUCCUAUAUUAGUGUAAUGAUAAAUUGCACGGACGGUGUAUGGGAUGCGACUCAAGGCGUUGACUUAAUCAACGAGCUAUGCCAGGGGUGCAUAAGUUUGGGUUUAAAUGAUAUUGAUAAAUGGUAUUUGAACGAAAGUGAGGAAACCAAACAAAACUUGAGGUGUAUUUGGUUUUGGGCUUUAUUCCUUGAUGUAUCCACCUCAUAUGAUAUAGGUAAUCCUCCGUCUAUUUCAGAUGAUCUUUUGGACUUAAGUAUAUUUACUGCGCAGAAUUUCCAAUCACCGAGUAUUGACUUUAGGAGAGUUAAGCUAAUGCACGAUUUUUUAGAUGUUUCCCGAUUCACUACUCGUGAAAUUCACAAGAGAGAGAUGAACGAAAAAUUGACCACUUUUUCAUUGAGAUUGAUUGAAUUUAUACAAUCUAACUUUUCACCUAUCGAACAUUAUACAAAUUCAGUUUACUACUCUGAUAUUGAUCCCUUUGAUAUAUUGAUUUUAUCAAGAUCUCUAAGUAUAGUUGCUAGUAUAUACAAUAUUGAGAUGAUCAUCGCUCAACAAAGCAGAAUCAUAGAUAAGAACAGAAUGGUUCAGUUCUUGUUGAUAUCCAUAUCAGUCUGUGUUAAUACAAUGGUAUUUCAUUUUAAAGAGCCUAUCAACGACCAGGAGAACGUGUUAACUGAAGGGCUAAAACUGUCUAUUAUUCUAAUCAAUCCACUUUUAAUACGAAUAGUAUCGCAAGUGUACAGUUUAGCAUUUAAUAGGUUAAUCUUCAGGGAGAAGGCAUUCCUUUUCCUUAUUGACCUUGACACUGGGAAAAAAAUACAAUUCAUUAAAUAUGAAGAAGAAAACUUUGAUGAACUUUUGACAGGAUUCGAUGUUAGGACUGAUAAAUUUCUGUCAUUUUCAGGAACAAUAAUAAGAUUUUACGAAAUUAUUGAUAGCAUAUUUGCUGUUAAUGAAAGAAAUAAGCGAUUGUUAAAAGCAGUUUCCAAUUUUUAUCAGUUAACUUCAACUUUGGCGUUUGAACGCGUAAGUAGGGUUUUAUUCGAUAAAGCGUCCCAAGCAAGAAUAGAGACUGAAAAAAUUUGGCUGAAAAAGGGCAUUAAUAUGGAGCACUUCAGUGAUCUCAUGAUUGAAGAUUUUAUUAAUGAUGUUUGGAAAACGUUCAAAGAGAUUUCCAAAGACCUUUGGUCCAUUGACAAAAAGAAAUUUUAUAAACAAUAUCAUUUCGAUUUAUAA